AUGGAUAAUGAGCAUGUCUAUGGGCUCACAUCGGCGCAGAAGGCAACUGAUCAGGGUGGCGGUAGCAGACUGGCGCAGAAGGCAACUGAUCAGGGUGGCGGUGGCAGACUGGCGCAGAAGGCAACUGAUCAGGGUGGCGGUAGCAGACUGGCGCAGAAGGCAACUGAUCAGGGUGGCGGUAGCAGACUGGCGCAGAAGGCAACUGAUCAGGGUGGCGGUGGCAGACUGGCGCAGAAGGCAACUGAUCAGGGUGGCGGUAGCAGACUGGCGCAGAAGGCAACUGAUCAGGGUGGCGGUAGCAGACUGGCGCAGAAGGCAACUGAUCAGGGUGGCGGUAGCAGACUGGCGCAGAAGGCAACUGAUCAGGGUGGCGGUAGCAAACUGGCGCAGAAGGCAACUGAUCAGGGUGGCGGUAGCAGACUGGCGCAGAAGGCAACUGAUCAGGGUGGCGGUAGCAGACUGGCGCAGAAGGCAACUGAUCAGGGUGGCGGUAGCAGACUGGCGCAGAAGGCAACUGAUCAGGGUGGCGGUAGCAGACUGGCGCAGAAGGCAACUGAUCAGGGUGGCGGUGGCAGACUGGCGCAGAAGGCAACUGAUCAGGGUGGCGGUAGCAGACUGGCGCAGAAGGCAACUGAUCAGGGUGGCGGUAGCAGACUGGCGCAGAAGGCAACUGAUCAGGAUGGCGGUGGCAGACUGGCGCAGAAGGCAACUGAUCAGGGUGGCGGUGGCAGACUGGGGCAGAAGGCAACUGAUCAGGGUGGCGGUAGCAGACUGGCGCAGAACGCAACUGAUCAGGGUGGCGGUAGCAGACUGGCGCAGAAGGCAACUGAUCAGGGUGGCGGUAGCAGACUGGCGCAGAAGGCAACUGAUCAGGGUGGCGGUAGCAGACUGGCGCAAAAGGCAACUGAUCAGGGUGGCGGUGGCAGACUGGCGCAGAAGGCAACUGAUCAGGGUGGCGGUAGCAGACUGGCGCAGAAGGCAACUGAUCAGGGUGGCGGUGGCAGACUGGCGCAGAAGGCAACUGAUCAGGGUGGCGGUAGCAGACUGGCGCAGAAGGCAACUGAUCAGGGUGGCGGUAGCAGACUGGCGCAGAAGGCAACUGAUCAGGGUGGCGGUGGCAGACUGGCGCAGAAGGCAACUGAUCAGGGUGGCGGUGGCAGACUGGCGCAGAAGGCAACUGAUCAGGGUGGCGGUAGCAGACUGGCGCAGAACGCAACUGAUCAGGGUGGCGGUGGCAGACUGGUCAGCGGACGAAAUUCCGGACGACCAUACCUCCAAAAGCAGAUGCUAUUCCAAAUAGACCACGUCUUUAGGACUGCUCGGCUAUGUUUCGACCAGGCAUCCCAGCCAGGGUCACACUCACCACGUCCCUCGUUUUGUGUGAUAAUGACGUCUUCUAUGGGACCAACGUGCCUUGCAAGCCAGAAGGCUACGGGCUAA